AUCAAAGAUUUCCAUCUCCUUUGGCAAGCCAUGGUUUGGAAAGUACUACAACUAAACCUCCCAGUGAUGUUACUCACCACCCAGAAUAUGUUGCUUUUGCAAUAGUUCCUGUUUUUUUCAUCAUGGGCCUCUUGGGGGUUCUCAUCUGCCAUGUGCUUAAGAAAAAAGGGUACCGUUGUACAACAGAGGCUGAACAGGAGAUUGAAGAAGAAAAACUUGGAGAAAAUAUAGAAAUGAAUGAAACUGUACAUGAAAAUAGUGACACCGUUGGACAAAUUGUUAACUAUAUUAUGAGAAAUGAAGCAAAUGUGGAUGUGUUAAAAGCCAUGGUAGCAGACAACAGUGUGUUUGACCCUGAGAGCCCUUUAACUCCUACCACUCCCGGGAGUCCUAUAAGUCCAGGCUCUCCUUUAUCUCCAGGUGUCAUCCUACAUAAACAUACUUGUCGUGGCCAUCACUUCCACACUGUUGGAGGAGUAGCAGAGAAGGAUGUUUGUACUCGCUGUAGUCAAAAAAGAUGGCACCUUAUAAAACCAGUCAACAAAUCCAAAGAGCAAAGAAAAAGCCGGCAAGGAGAAGUUACAGUACUUUCUGUGGGAAGGUUUAGAGUCACAAAAGUAGAGAACAAAUCAACUUCCAAAGAGCGGAAAAGCUUGAUGUCUGUUAGUGCUUUAGAAAGUGUCAAUGGUGAAGUGCCAGCCACUCCUGUGAAACAGGGUUCCAGAGAAGUGCCUACCACACCUGCAAAACAGAGUUCAACAGAAGUGCUUGCUGCUCCUGAACAGAGUUCAACGGAAGUGCCUGCAACACCUGUGAAACAGGGAGCACAAGAGAGAACAGGUUCAGAGUAACAAGUUGAGCUUCUAGAAGAAGCAUGUUUGAAAAAAUUUGGAGAAAUUGAAAACUAAGAAGAAGUGCAUAUUAUUUUAGGAAGUGUAUUUAUGGCACUAUAGUUCUUUAUACAUUCUAGCAUGGAAUGUAUAAGGGGGUAGGUCCUAAACAUUUAACAUUUUAGCUAAUAAAAUGAAUUAAUCAUAGUUGAUGUCAUAGCAUCAGUUUCUGUUGUCAGCAUACCUAGUUUACUGGCAUUAUCUUACAUAUAAAAACAUAUGGUAACUCUUUGGGGCAAGGGAGGGAUAAUGGGGGGACAAAAUCUAUCAGAAAAUCAUCACUGGUAUGUUUAAAUCAAAAUAUUUAAUGGGGUCAACAGUACGAGUAAUGAAAAACAAAACUUUUGCAUUUCCUUGAGCAUAAUCCCAUUAUUUUCCCAUUAUUAGUUAAGGUCUCAGGCAGCAGUGCUCUUUUUUUUUUUUUUACCCCAACCAGUCAAACUAUUCAGCAGCUUCUGGUUUCCCCUUUGGGAUCUUGUGACUGUUGUUCAACACAAUGGCCACAUGCCCUUCUUCAAACAAGAGUAGUGCUUAAUCAUAACAAGAAGAAAAAGUUUUAAAACAACAAGCGGUCCACAUGAAUAUUUGUCUUAACUAUGUCUAGAGCAGAGACAAGAAACUACUAGAACCUUCAGGCACACGGAUACAGUGGAUAUCUUUUCCAAAAAGACAAACACCUUGCUGGGGUCUUUUUCAAAAACUGCUUGAUAGCUACCUGGCCUUUCACCAGAGGAUGUUUAAAGCAAUUUGAUGAGCUCCUUGGAAAGUUGAGCCAACCUCCUCUGGCCAACAGCUCUCCCAUUAUUUUGUAACUGGCCAUUGGGCUGUCUUGUUUUGAGUCACUGAGACUGUGUACAGACAUUUGUGGAGGUUAGGCCUCCACAAAAAAUGGCCUCCUGAUCUAAGGUAUGUUGGGAUGGCGGGUUAGCAGAGAAGGUUGGGAUGGGGGAGCAAGCAGGCUUCGGGAAUGGGAACACAGAUAGGGUCGGAUCAGAGAAUUUGGGCAGGGGGCAAGCAGCAUCCACAGCGGGGAUUGGGAGGUCAAGUAGCAUCAGUGG